AUGGAAAAGGAAAUUUUAGAUGGUGCCACAACCUCGAAGAAAGAUCAAAUAUUAGAACGCCUGAACAAACGAAAUAAGGAGCGGCAAAAUUACUUGGAUGUAAAAUUAGAACAACGUCAUAAGGAGUGUUCAGAUGCAGAAGGCGCAGAUUACUUCUCACAGGCCUUUGCCGAUAAAGUGAAGGAAAUCGAGGCACGCAUAAAAAAUCUAAGCGAAACGUCGGCAAAGAAGAAUCAAGGCGAAAACUCAAGCAUUGAUUUAGCUCGACAUUUCACAGAAAUAACAAUGGAAAUACAGGAGUUGCAACGAUACCUCACCAAUUCAACAAUGUUUCUAACGGAUUUUAAGAUCAAGGCGUGUCAAAGUAUUGUUAAUGACCUAUCGCAGACAUGCGAAGAAGCAAGAAUUAAACUUUUGCCAAAAAAGAAAUUUGGAUUUAGUGGACGCAAAGUGACACCCAAACCAUCUCUGAAUCCCAAACUAGCCAAAUCGGACAAUGUAGAUGGUAUUGCAAACAACGAACACCUAAAUACUAUUACUGGUAGCAAAGUUAGCUGGACAUUGAGCAAUAAGGCUAAUGAGUAUAUUUGCCUCAAAGGCGAAGACGUUCACAGUAAAGAUAUAACUAUUGCAAAUUUGAAAAAUUGUUUCGUAGAACUGCAAGGGUCGGCCGGUUCAGUCCAAAUAUCUCACUGCACCAACAGUACUUUUCUUUGCGGCCCAAUUGCUCGGUCUUUGUUUGCUGAUUUUUGUACAAACAGCACACUAACUGUCGCGUGCCAGCAAAUGCGCCUACACUCGUCAGUACAAUGUCAAAUAUAUUUACACGUCACCUGUCGAGCCAUCAUUGAGGACUGCAAUAGAAUAGAAGUGGGCCCCUACAACUAUGACUAUUCCGGCAUUGACGAUGAUUUUAAUCAGGCAAACAUAAAGAAAGAUGUUAACAAUUAUGCAGAUAUAGCUGAUUUUAAUUGGCUGUCAUCUGAAGUUCCAUCUCCCAACUGGCAUUUGAUCAAGGAUUCCCAUUCCGUCAAUUGGAAUCAGAAACGACAAGAUUUUUUGUCGCGGGACGCAGACAAUGCCACAUUAUAG